GUAUGGGAUAUUGGAUGAAUAUUCAUAAUAAAAAAAAUUUUGAAGCGCAAUGAAACUGUGAAUGCAUUCAAAAACAACAAAUCGGAUUGGGUGCAAGGCAUUGCCAAUGUCUUCUGCUCUUCCUGGGCCUGGCGCUGGGCUACGCUAACCGGAUAUGCAUGUCAAUAGCUGUUGUUGCAAUCGAGAAAGAAGAAGUUGGAUUGGAUUCCGGCAAUGUUGGCACGAUCCUGAGUUCAUUCUUCUGGGGUUACACAGUGAUGCAGAUACCAUCUGGCUAUUUAGCAAGAAUAUGGAGUGCUAAAAUGGUCUUAGGAAUUGGUAUACUGAUAAAUGGACUCGGUGGUCUUUUAUGUCCAAUUGUAUACGACGAAGGUGGCUGGCUAUAUCUGUGUGCAUGCAGAGUUAUCAUGGGACUGUGCCAGGCCUGUCUUCUGCCCUGUAUUCACACUCUACUGUCCAAAUGGGUACCACCGAACGAACGAGGACGACUGGGCACUAUAACUUACGCUGGAGCACAAUUUGGUACAGUUAUUUCAUAUCCGAUAUCUGGCACUCUGAUUGAUGCCGCCGGAUGGAGAAGUGUCUUCUAUUUCUUCGGGGUUGCUGCCAUCACUUGGUCGUUAAUUUUUUUCUUCAUUGGGUCUGAUUCGCCAACUGCAUCAGCUGAGAAAGUUUUCUGUGGUAUCAGUGAGCAUGAGAGGAAGUAUAUCGAGAGCAGUCUCGGAGUUUUUGAGGAACAGGACGCCGAUGAUGAUAGAAGGAAAUCAAAGACACCUUGGAGAGCUAUAUUGACUAGUGUGCCGUUCUGGGCACUUGUUAUUGUUCACUGUGGACAGAAUUGGGGAUUCUGGAUGUUACUCACUGAAAUGCCGAUCUAUAUGGCUGGAGUACUGGGAUUCGAUAUCAAAGAGAAUGGACUGAAAUCAGCACUUCCAUACGUGACGAUGCUGCUCCUGACGUUCCCAGUGAGCUGGCUCUCAGACUGGAGUGAGAAGAGAGGAGUAUCACGUGGAUUACUCCGCAAAAUAUGCAAUACAAUUGGUCACUGGGGCCCAGGACUUGCUCUAGUUGGCAUUUGCUUCGUAGCACCUGGUGACACGGUCCUACCAGUUAUACUAUUGGUACUCGCUGGUGGAUUGAACGUUGGGGCUAUCUGUGGAUUCCAGAUCAAUCACAUGGAUCUGAGUCCCAAAUAUGCUGGGCUACUAGUGUCAUUCACCAACUGCGCUGCGUCAAUCGUUGCCCUUUUGGCACCUCUGAUUGUUGGCAGCAUGGUUCCUGAUUCGACAAGUGCAGAUCAGUGGGCGAUAGUUUUCUACAUGUCGGGAGGCAUCUACUUCCUCGGUAAUCUGAUCUUCAUACUAUUCGGGAGUGGUAAGACCCAGUGGUGGGACAACAGUGAACACUCGAACAAACAUGACGACGACAAGUUCCUGAGGCCGCGAGCAUCCUCGAUCGUUCCUGGUGAUGCCAUACUGCCUUAAGGGGAGACGGAACCCCUUUGUCUACAUCAAAUCUUAGAAUUGUGUUUUCUCCUACAAUUAUUAAUU